AUGCAAUCCGUGCUUCCGUACACGCUGAACCCGCAGCGCAUGACGGGGUGCGAAAAGGUAAAGGUUCUGAAUCCCCACACAGCCGCUCUGACAGGCCCAAUGAUAACAGUGCGUGAGCCGAGUCUUGUCAGUGGGGGGCUGUUGCACAACUGGGACGCCAACGCCGCGGCCGCACACCUGUCAACGCUGAAGACGGUGCACACCUGGGAUCUCUCAUGGACGGAGAAGGAGGCCUACUGGGAGAAGAACGUUGGGCGCUGCGCCGGCCCGGAGGAGGUGGAGGACCUGCUUCCCGCAAAGUGGAUCGGCUACAACGUGAACAGUGACGUCGACGAGACACUGGCGCUGGUCUGUAAGCUCUGCACGGCGCUCGUAGACAAGUUUGUCUCUCUCUCACGCGGAGAUAAUGCUAAUGUCUCAACCGCAAAGUGGCGCCAGCGGCAGACGCUUUACGACCGUCUGGGGGCCGUCAUUGAAUUGCUGGAGGCCUCCAUUGGGGAGGCAAUUCCCAUUUUGCGUCUCCGUGAUCCGGAGUUUGUGCGGGACUGCUGGCGGCAGCUGCAGGACGAGGAGAGGAUGGACAUUAUGUCUGCCCUCAACGCCGCAGAAACGAAGGAGGCUUCUCGUCGCUGA